AUGGCCUCCUGCGACGACUGGCUGAAAAUGCCAGACGGCAGAGAUUUCGACGGCAAACAGCUACUCACUCUAGUCCGCAGCGGCAACAAUCCACUUUAUGGACUUGACGUAGACCUGCUAAUCCGAGAAAUCGAGAAGAAAACCGAUAGCCAGGUGCUAGACAUCCCGAUGGUUGACAAGGGCUCUAAUAACUACGUCUCUCUUCUCGGUCAGUCAGCUCAAAUCCGCGCAUCGCUGUUCAACUUCAACCUCCCGCUCGACUUCGCCGCUCGCUGGCUCCGUCAACGUCUUUUUGACCCUCAGCCCCAGUCCUUUCCUAUCCCAAUCGCCCCGACACGCGACUUCUGUGUUACUCUUUUCGCGGCCAAGAUCGAAGCGACAAUCGGGAAUAUAGGCGAUAUGAUUGGGUGGGAGGACGACAACAACACCGUGGGCCCCAUUGCUGCAGCCGCCAAACAGUCCCUUUUGCGCCUUAUCCCACACAUCAUGCCCGCAGAUGGCGACCAGAUCUCUCUUUACCGUCUUGUUCUCGACCAUGGCGAUUUCGGUAUCCAUAAUAUGUCAAUCACAAUGGAUGCAAACGAUCAACCUCUCGUAACAUCUCUUUACGACUGGGAAACUGGAUGCAUCGUGCCGGCUAUCUUGUCCGAUCCGCUGAUGGCGGUGGUGGCCGUCGAUUUAGUGGCAGAUAAGGAUGCCGCCCCUUCAACGGCUCUAACGUCUGACUACGCCACUCCUGAAGAUCGCGCGCAAUAUGAGAUUUGGGCGAGGCAAUACUUUAAAGUUCUCUUUAAUCAAGCUCCUGACUAUAAAUAUGCAAUCCAAGCGGGCAGUGACGCCCGCUACCUCUGGUUUGCGUUACAGGCGUGGCGUGGUGAGGAUCCAGAGGGAUAUUCUGGUCGUCUGGGAGACUGGGCGGAGAAGCGGAUUCAAGCACUUGGCGUUAAAUGA